GGAUGGGGAUGGGGAUGGGGAUGGGAAUCGGGUCUUUUUAGGGGAGGGUCUGCGGGCCUUUGGCCAACCUGUGGGAGGGAGGGGUCGUUGUGGGCGCGGCCUGGAGAAACCAGUCCCGAGACGAAGGACCGCAGCCUCCCUGGAGCGGCGGGGGCGGGGACGGGGUGUCUGGGCUCCGUCUGCCCUGGGGGAGGGGCUCGUGGUUCCGGUUGCUCUGGGGAAGGGGACUGUCGCCGGAGCUGAGACCCAGUUCCCGGAGGGCCUGUGGUCUCUGACUUGGAGACGCCUUACCAUGCCCUAGUGCUCUGUGUACUGAUUAGGACGAGUCCUCAAAACCCUCGAGCUGGGCUUUAUUUAGGCUCGGCGUCCGCCUGCCCCACCCCUUGCCUCCACAGACCGCACGACCAUGGCCACGAUGGUGCUUCCUCGAGAGGAGAAGCUGAGUCAGGACGAGAUAGUGCUGGGCACCAAGGCGGUUAUCCAGGGUUUAGAGACCCUUCGAGGGGAGCAUCGUGCCCUGCUAGCUCCCCUAGCUUCUCAUGAGGCAGGCGAUGCCGAGCCGGGCUCACAGGAGCGCUGCCUCCUCCUGCGCCGUUCCCUGGAGGCCAUCGAGCUGGGGCUUGGGGAGGCUCAGGUGAUCCUGGCCUUAUCAAGCCAUCUGGGGGCUGUGGAGUCAGAGAAGCAGAAGCUGCGGGCUCAGGUGCGGCGCCUGGUACAAGAGAACCAGUGGUUGCGUGAGGAGCUGGCAGGGACACAGCAGAAGCUACAGCGCAGUGAACAGGCGGUGGCUCAGCUGGAGGAAGAGAAGCAGCACCUGCUAUUCAUGAGUCAGAUCCGAAAGCUGGAUGAGGAUGCUUCCCCAAAUGAGGAGAAGGGUGAUGUCCCCAAAGACUCCCUGGAUGAUCUGUUUCCCAAUGAAGAUGAACAGAGCCCAGCCCCCAGCCCUGGAGGAGGGGAUGUAGCUGCACAGCAUGGGGGCUAUGAAAUCCCAGCACGGCUACGCACCCUUCACAAUCUGGUAAUCCAGUAUGCUUCACAAGGCCGCUAUGAGGUGGCCGUGCCCCUCUGCAAGCAGGCACUGGAGGAUUUGGAGAAGACAUCAGGCCAUGACCACCCUGAUGUGGCCACCAUGCUGAACAUCCUGGCACUGGUCUAUCGGGACCAGAAUAAGUACAAGGAUGCUGCUCACCUGCUCAAUGAUGCCCUGGCUAUCCGGGAAAAGACACUGGGCAAGGACCACCCAGCUGUGGCUGCAACCCUCAACAAUCUGGCUGUUCUGUAUGGCAAACGGGGCAAGUACAAAGAGGCUGAGCCACUGUGCAAGAGAGCAUUGGAGAUCCGGGAAAAGGUCCUGGGCAAGUUUCAUCCAGAUGUGGCCAAGCAGCUCAGCAACCUGGCCUUGCUGUGUCAGAACCAGGGCAAAGCUGAGGAGGUGGAGUACUACUACCGGAGAGCCCUGGAGAUCUAUGCCACACGCCUUGGUCCUGACGACCCCAAUGUGGCGAAGACCAAGAACAACCUGGCUUCCUGCUACCUGAAACAGGGCAAAUACCAGGAUGCAGAGACCCUGUACAAGGAGAUCCUAACCCGCGCUCAUGAGAAGGAGUUUGGCUCAGUCAAUGGAGAGAACAAGCCCAUCUGGAUGCAUGCAGAGGAGCGAGAGGAGAGCAAGGAUAAGCGUCGGGACAGCGCCCCCUAUGGGGAGUAUGGCAGCUGGUACAAAGCCUGUAAAGUUGACAGUCCCACAGUCAAUACCACACUGCGAAGCUUGGGUGCCCUGUACCGGCGCCAGGGCAAGCUGGAAGCUGCACACACACUGGAAGAUUGUGCUAGCCGCAGCCGCAAACAGGGCCUGGAUCCUGCCAGUCAGACCAAGGUGGUAGAACUGUUAAAAGAUGGUAGUGGUGGACGAGGACACCGCCGUGGUAGCAGAGAUGUGGCCGGGGGUACCGGGCCUCAGUCUGAGUGUGACCUGGAGGAGUCGGGGCCUGCAGCUGAAUGGAGUGGGGAUGGCAGUGGCUCUCUGAGACGCAGUGGUUCCUUUGGGAAGCUCCGGGAUGCCCUGAGACGAAGCAGUGAGAUGCUGGUGAGGAAGCUGCAGGGAGGUGGCCCACAGGAGCCCCCUAAUUCUAGGAUGAAGAGGGCCAGCUCUCUCAACUUCCUUAACAAGAGUGUGGAAGAGCCAGUCCAGCCUGGAGGCACGGGUCUUUCUGACAGCCGCACUUUGAGCUCCAGCUCCAUGGACCUCUCCCGAAGAAGCUCCCUCGUGGGCUAAAGCUGAAGGGCAGCCAGUCACCAGAGCCUCCAUCUGACAUGAUCCCUUCCCCAGCCCUGCGCAUGGGCCUGCUGCUUGUCCUGCCUGCCCCUCCCAAGGACCCCUGUCUUUUCUGUUCAAUCUCAGGGUAACUUCCUCCCUUGUCAUCCCCGCCAAGGCCCUGGAGGACGGGCCUGCCACUCCAGCUCUGCUCCUUAUUUAUUCCUUCCAGCAGGGGGCCUCUCUUCCCUAAGUUCAGGGCCUGUGGGAGUGGUGGCCUGCCUACCCAGCCCCCAAAGCCAAGAACACUAAGUACUUGCUGUGCCCUCAGCACCUUUGCCCUCCACUCCCGGCCGUUGCUUCUGUAUAUAGAGAACUAAGUUAUUGGCCGUGUCUUCCUCUCAGCCCUCCUCCCCUCAGUCCACGGUAUUCCCAGGCCACCACCUGCCUCUCUCUUAUCCAGUGGUACCGCCCAGGCCUUAAAUAACCCCGUUCCCAGUGGUGGUAUCUCCCAAGCUCCAAGUUCUGGGACCAGAGCCUCCAAAAAGGGUCCCUAGACCUCUUCGCCUGGUCUUGGAGGGAUUAGUUCCACUCCACCUUGCAAAUGCCUGGACCCUCACACCACGGGGCCCUGUGCUGCCUCUGGGACUUAAAGCACUGUCCUUCCCACCCAGCCCUGCCCAGGCAUGGCCUGACCCCACCCUGGGCACUGCCCAUUGAGCCAUCCUGCCACACCUCCCUUGCCUCAGCUUCUGAUGUCCCCCUCCCCCACACACAGUCGGAGGGGCUACCCCAUUUGUUGGGUAAGGCAGUCACUCUAUUUUCAGAUGUUGCUGUAGAAAUAAAGACGAUUUGAAUCUGAA